GGAGGGGCGCGGGGCGCACCGCUUCGCGCUGCGCGGCUGCAGGGGCCCGGGGCCGGGCCGGGCCGGUCCUUGCCGGGCUAUGCGGGGCUGAGGCCGAGGCGGGCGGGCGGGCCGGCCGGCCGGGCGAGCAUGCUGCAGGCCCGGCGCCAGCCGGGGAUGUACGAGCUGGUGGGCUUCAGGCCCCCGGCCAAGCCGGGGUCGGAGGGGCCCGAGGCCGCCGGCCGGUCGCCGCCGCGGCCCCCGGGGGGCCGGGCCCGCGACGAGCAGCAGCAGCUGCGGAGGAAGAUCAACAGCCGCGAGAGGAAGCGCAUGCAGGACCUCAACCUGGCCAUGGACGCCCUGCGGGAGGUCAUCCUGCCCUACUCGGCCGCCCACUGCCAGGGCUCUCCGGGCCGCAAGCUGUCCAAGAUCGCCACGCUGCUCCUGGCCCGCAAUUACAUCCUGCUCCUCGGCACGUCCCUGCAGGAGCUGCGCCGGGUCCUGGGGGAGAUCAGCGGGCCCGGGCCUCGGCUGCUGCUGGCCGGCCUGCCCCUCCUGGCCGCCCCGGGCUCCCUGCUCCUUCACGGGCCCGGGCCCGGGCCCGCCCUGGCCCACCCGGAGGGCUCCCCGGCGGCGGCGGCGGCGACCGCGACGGCCGCGGCCAGGCCCGGCAAGUACCUGUCGCUGGCCCUGGAGGAGCAGGCGGGGCCCUGCGGUCCGUUCCCCCUGUCCGGCGGGGCCGCCCUCUGCACCUGUGCCGUCUGCAAGUUCCCGCACCUCGUGCCCUCCGGCCUCGGCUUGGCGCCCUUCUCCAAGUGAGGGGGGCGCGGAGGAGGGGGCGACCCUUCCGGGCCAGGGGGAGGCCCACCCGCGUCCGCCCCCACCGACCCGUCUCCGAUCGUCGCCGUCGUGGGACCCGCCGAGCGCUCCCUAGGUGCCAAGCCCUCUUCCGAGCGCCGGGGCACACGG